UGGAGCCAAACUCGACAUCACGUCAAACCAUCAAAGAAGCAGCCUUGCACGAGAUAGUAAGGCUUGUUCUUCACUGUCACUGUAAAUCAAAGACAGAUUAGCUGCUGCAUGACCGCCAUUUGCUUUUUGGAACCAAAUCUCAGUCUCAUUCAUAUCCCACCAGCAGUCUUUCCUCACUUCUUGCAUGGCAUAUUAUCGCUUUGCACACAGUGCCCGGCCUUCUUUAACCUCUCGCUGACACCAACGAGUAUCUCUGUUAUAUGUACAGAACAUGAAGCAGAAAGGCUGUUUGCGCCCAUCGUGGCGAGACUUAAGGCUUCUGGUGCAUCCAUCGAAGCACAGCGCUAUCUUGCCAUGCAGAUAGACGGCGAUGGCAUCUCAGAUGGCCGUAAGCUUCUGGACCUCACUCAACCACUUGCUCGAGCAGGUGUGUCUAUUCUAUUCAUGACGACCUACUUUGCAGACUAUGUUCUGGUCGCUGCACAGGAAGCGAGUAAAGUCAAGCGUGUCUUGCUAGAAACAGACUUUGUCUUUGAGGACUUGACGCAAAGCUUCGUCUCCCAUACACCGGGUCUCCUGUCUUCGUUUGCAUCGCCCGUCAUAACACCAAAAACGCGGUCUCGCUCAACAAGUCGCGCUGCUGACCUCGCCAAUGCGGGCGGCUCUGUUAAUGAAGAGUUGCUCAAACAAAGUGUCGAAGCACUCGUACCGCACGCCGGCGUCAAUACACUUGACUUUUUACGACAAUGUCAAGUUCCCGUCACCCUAUUCAAGAGCAUUAAACUCAUCAUGACGGGGCUUCGUGGGCCCUUGUCAGAGCUCUUGCCAACACUGACCCAGGUACUGCUGCAGGAGACAUUACCAACAUUUUUCAGCUUGACUGUUGCGCCGGAGACUGCUCCAUCUUUACUGCUUGAGCCAACUCUUGCAACACUCUUUGGUGGUCCAGAAAAGCUGCUUGGUGCUGAAGCAGAUCAAGUGCUCGUGCCAAUCUCACUAGACCUACAAGGCUUGACAACUGCAGGUGGAAGUCUUGGUGGGUAUGGUAUCGUUUGUGGCGUUGUUGAGGAAUUGCUUGGCAGAGUCUCUCAAUCACGCAUUGAGAAAUGUCUUGUUGCAGAAGAGCUGGUUAUGUCGUACUUGUCGACUGUUGCAACGGGUAAUGUCCUUUUACUCGAAGAAGACCUCGAGUACAUCGGCCGAGACUCUGAAUGUCGUAUGAUGUGAGGUGAUGUCUCCUGUCAAAAGAUUACCUAUGCAUAUGCGAUGGUCAAUGGUGAAUCUAGGCGACCUUGUGAAAUGUCUGGUGAAACGAUACUCCGAAAUGUUGCAGGACACUCACUACCUUCGAACGAAAAGAAAAAUAAACUGCACUUCAUACCAGACAAUCGUAUUCUAUAUCGCCGUAGCAGGAGUUUGAGU